AGUCGUUUUCCAAGCACUCUGCGAUUAACUUUCACAAUGUUAUACUAUUUAAUAACAUUAAUAAUAACUCUACUUAUUAUCAAAUGGGUGAAAAUAAAAGACAAGUUUUCAAAUACAUCAAUACCUUAUAUAAAGCCAUGGCCAAUUUUUGGGAAUAUGGCGGAGCCACUGUUUCGAAAAAUUUCAUUAGCAGAACAUUUGCAAAAAUUUUAUAAUCUCAACAAAACUUCAAAGUACUUUGGAUUCUAUGAUUUCAACUCACCAGUGAUUGUGAUUCGUGAUCCGGAAUUAGUGAGGGAAGUGGGAAUAAAAAGCUUUGACAACUUUACUGAUCACCGAGGGUUCGCGGAUCCGGGUUUGGAUCUGCUGUUUAGCAAGAAUUUGUUCUCACUUCGAGGUGACGAGUGGCGAGAAAUUCGUAAUCUGUUGAGCCCAGCGUUCACGUCGAGCAAGAUGAAGACAAUGUUCAAAUUAAUGCGUGUAUGCAGUGAAAACUUUGUAAACUAUUUUCAUGAGCGUGCAAAAAGUCAGUUAUUUACCCUCAGAACUAAGGAUGCAUUUACUCGGUACACUAAUGACGUGAUCGCGAGCUGCGCGUAUGGAAUUACUGUCGACUCACUCCGAGAUCCCGAUAACAAGUUUUACGAAAUCGGUCGUAAGUCAACAAAUUUUGAUGGAAUUUUGUCAUUGAAAUUUUUUUGUCUAAGAAGUUUUCCGAAUUUAUUCAAAUUGCUGAGGAUAAAACUCUUUGAUAAAGAAGCGGAUGAUUUUUUUCUCCAAGUCGUCAGUGAUACGAUCAAGGCACGCGACCAAGGAAAUAUUUACCGACCGGAUAUGAUUCAGUUGAUGAUGGAGUCAAGGUCUAGUUCAAAAGAACUUACGAUCCAAGAUAUGACAGCUCAGGCAUUUAUUUUUUUUGCUGGAGGCUUUGAUACAACAUCUGGGUUUUUGUGUUUCGUAGCCCACGAGCUGGCGGAAAAUAUUCAGAUCCAAGAAAAAUUGCGGCAAGAAGUUGACGAGGUACAUGAUAAAUUUGAUGGAAUGCCGAGUUAUGAAGCGAUCAAUGGGAUGAAAUAUUUAGAAGCUGUCCUCAAUGAGACAAUGAGGCUUUAUCCGAUUGCGCCUUUUGCUGACCGGGUUUGUGUCAAAGACUACGAACUCCCUUCAGUGAUGCCUGGGGAAGAGAAAUACCUUCUAAAGACCGGUGACUGCGUCUGGUUUCCAGUCUACCCAAUUCAUAGGGACCCAGAUCACUAUUCCGAGCCGGAUAAAUUUAAUCCCGACCGAUUUCUGGACAAUGGAAUAAUCACCAGUAACUCACCGACUUACAUUCCGUUUGGUAUUGGACCGAGAAUGUGCAUUGGCAAUAGAUUCGCGUUGCUGGAGACCAAAAUACUGUUUUUUUAUUUAAUCAGAAAGUGUUUUUUGAAACCGAGCAAGAAAAUGGUACGACCGAUGAGAUUAAGUAAAAAUAGUUUUACUAUGACUGCGGAAGGUGGAUUUUGGGUUGACAUUGAAUCGAGAUUUUAGGGCAAAACGGGUCAUCUUAAUUUUUGAAUUUCCAAAAAAUACAGUUUUUUUUUCGAAUUCUCUAAAUUGGAGUGAAAUAGGCCGUAAAAAAAAUUUUCUUAAUUUCAUUAUAUUCGUACGAUUUGAAUAUUUAACGAUCCGUCUUAUCUUUUACUAAAAAAAAGUGAAUUGCUAUGCAAAUAAAUAAAUUUAUAAAACUAAUAAUAGCAAUAAUAAUCAAUAUUAUAAUGUAUGCAUGAGUGGCAUUGUGUAAAUGUCAACGUCAUCGACAAUGUUACGAUUUGUCAAUAACAAUCACGUCAUAUAUAUAUAGAUAUGUGUGUAAUACAUAAUAGAGUGAGUAUAGUAGGAUAGAAAUUGCAUCUGAUGUUAAUAGAUCGAUUAUCUGUAACAGUAAGCAGUAAAAUAGUGGAAACAACAGAACAGUGACGCCUACGUCGUAUCUUAACGCGAAACCAACUAAUCGAUUAUACUCCAAGCUUUUGUUACAACUAAAUAUAAACCGCAAUCUGUCUUGUGCAACUCAAUUUAAUCACUUUGAAUACUGUAAUAAGUUAUUUUGCUCAGCGAUAAAUUUAUGAGAAAUAAAAACAUUUUUAAAUAAA